CUAGAUUGUGAUUAGAUUUGAUUACAUUAGUUCUUAAACAAAUCGCAUAUCUCUCUUCUCUACGCUGCGUUUACAUUUUCACAUGCUUGCACUCCAUUCUUUGUCUCACUCCUCACUGCAAACCCUAAUUUGAAGAAGCUAAAGGAAAGAGACCCAAAAAUGGACGAGGCCGAGGGAGGCUACGGUGAGAGCGGCGAUCCCAUGGAUCAGUUCCACCGUAACGAAGCUAUAUCCGCCGUCGCCGACGACGGUUUCUUGGGCGAGGAAGAAGACGACGAUUACGAGGAUCUUUACAACGACGUCAACGUCGGCGAAGGGUUUCUUCAAUCGUUGCGCAAGAACGACGAUUCGGGGUUUCGAAACGACGACGUCGAGGAAAAGAAGCCUCCGCCGCCGCCGCCGGCGGUUCCGGAUGCCGCUGGGGUCUCGAUACCGGGUGUCGGUGGCGGUGGAGAGGGUGUCGGUGGUGGUGGAAGCGGGGUUGUGGAAUCUAGGGUUUCUGGGAGGGUUGAUGGGUUUCAGAAUCAAGGGUUUAGAGGGAACGAUGUGGGUUCCAAAGGUGGGAUUAGGGUUGAAUUAGGGAACCAAUCUGGGAAACUGACUGAAAUUGAGGAUCAGGGUGGGAAUGAUGGUGCUGCAGUGCAGGGGAUUGGGCAGCAACCACCUGGUGUGGUUGUUGGGAGUGUGGGAAAUGAGGGUUUGGUGAGACAAUGUCAAGGUGGUGGUGGUGGUAGUGGAGGAGGAGGGAAUGUUAUUAGGGUUGGUGGAAAUGGUGUUGGGAACAGUGUGAGUGCUGUUAGUGGUGUUAAUACUGGAGGAGUUGGAGGUGGUGGUGGUGGUGGUGCUGCUGGUGGUUCUGGUGGUACUAUAUUGUUUGUGGGUGAUUUGCAUUGGUGGACUACUGAUGCUGAGCUUGAAACUGAGCUUAGUAAGUAUGGGCCUGUUAAGGAGGUGAAGUUUUUCGAUGAGAAGGCGAGUGGGAAGUCGAAGGGGUAUUGUCAGGUUGAGUUUUUUGACCCUUCUGCUGCCACUGCUUGUAAGGAAGGGAUGAAUGGGCAUGUUUUUAAUGGGAGGCCGUGUGUUGUUGCGUUUGCAUCGCCUUUUACAGUUAAGAAAAUGGGGGAGGCUCAGAUAAAUAGGAAUCAGCAGAUGAACCCUUCUGCUGUUCCUCAGGGAAGGAGGGGGCCUGCUGAUGCAGGGGCUAAGCCUGGCGGGAGUAAUAUUUCGACAGUUGGUAAUUACCAAGGUGGAGAAGGGAAUAGAGGUUAUGGAAGAGGAGGAGGUAACUGGGGGAGAGGGAACAAUCCUGGUAUGGGGAAUAGAGGGCCUGUUAAUCCAAUGAGGAAUAGAGGUGGUGGGAUGGGUGGUAGAGGUAUAAUGGGCCAUGGUGGAAACGGAUUUGGACAGGGUAUGGGUGGUACCCCUCCAAUGUUGCAUCCUCAGUCAAUGAUGAAUCAGGGUUUUGAUCCUGCAUUUGGUGGUCCCAUGGGUAGAAUGGGUGGCUAUGGAGGCUUUCCCGGUGCUCCGACGCCUCCAUUUUCUGGGAUUUUGCCUUCAUUCCCUGGUGUUGGAGGUGUUGGUUUGCCUGGAGUGGCACCUCAUGUUAAUCCAGCCUUUUUCGGAAGAGGGAUGCCUGUUAAUGGUAUGGGGAUGAUGCCCGGAUCAGGCAUGGAUGGUCCUAAUAUGGGAAUGUGGUCAGAUCCAAAUAUGGGUGGAUGGGGUGGUGAAGAGCCUGGUGGUGGGAAGGCUGGAGAGUCCAGUUAUGGGGAGGAAGCUGCAUCUGACCAUCAGUAUGGUGAGGUGAGUCAUGAUAGAGCUGGGUGGCCUAUGAGGGAGAAAGAUAGAGGCUCGGAAAGAGACUGGUCUGGUACUUCUGAGAGAAGGUACAGAGAUGAUAGAGAUCAAGGAUAUGAAAGAGAUGCACCUAAAGAAAAAGACAUGGGCCAUGACCAUGAAUGGUCUGAAAGAAGGCAUCGUGAUGAUAGAGAAACGGGCCGAGAACGAUCUCGUGAUCGUGACCGUGAACGAUCUCGAGACCGUGAUCGUGACCGCGAAAGGGAUCACCGUGAGCGUGACAGGCACAGAGAAGAUAGGGACAAGUAUGCAGAUCAUCAUAGGUACAGAGACCGGGAGGCAGAGCAUGAUGAUGAGUGGGAGAGGGGACGAUCAUCAAGGAUGCACAGCAAGUCACGAUUAUCACAAGAGGAAGAACACCAUUCUAGGCCAAGAGAUGCUGAUUAUGGGAAGAGGCGGAGGCUUACCUCUGAAUAACUAUGUUUGCUGGCUGUUAUUUCUCUGAACACUUCCACUGAGGAAGGAAACAACAGUGUCCAAAAAGUCAGGAUUUGUCAUUUGCUUAGAUUGUCUGGGGCCCAGAUGUUGUUGAGCAGCUGUUUUAUUUCAAUCACUUGUUCUAUUUGCUUCUUGUUAGGAGCAUGGUUUCUUUCUUCUCUGAGAAAGGACAAUUGUUUUGAGAAAGGAAACUGUUCAUUCAAACUCUGGGUUGUGAUGGGGAUCAAGCCUCUUCAAUGAUGGAGAUUCAAGUCAUGACAAUCCUUUUCUUACAUUCAUACAUUGAGAAGUGGAACUCUUGCUAUGAAGUAUUAGCUUUUGAUUUGAAUUUAUGUUUCAGUUAUUAGCACAUGAUUAAUUAAACCAUCAGUGUUGAUGUAAUGGGUUUAACUUGCUGAAGUCUGAAAUGUGUCAGAUUAUUUAGAACUUAUUGUUUGAAAUAUGUACUAGGAUUUAGCAGAGGAUGCUGAUAAUGUGCCGUUUCUUAUUGGGUGGCUGUUGUAUCUUUUCCCCCCCACCUUUUGGCUGGCUGUUGUAUCAUUUUUCCCCCACUUCUUUUUUGUUGUUUUCUCCCUCACAUUUUGUUAGCAUGGCAGCGGUGUAGCAUGCAAAUAUUGUGUAUGUAGAGAGCUAACCAUUUGAUCACUGUAAUCAUUCAAAGCUGGGUUGUACAUGUUUUCGUGUAUAUAUUGAUAUUAACUUUGCUGAUAAAGGUCGAAUCCAGAUCCAGUUUUGUUUUA